AUAUCCUAUGGUCUCAUUCACACUUCAAUAUAUAUCCUAUGGUCUCUUUCACACAACAGUUUAUAUCCUAUGGUCUCGUUCACAGAUGGCAUCGUCACGUAUUCCAUGCGUCAAGGUGACAAGCGCGGGACGGAAGUGGACUUCUUUGAUUUCACCUACGACGGUCUGAUAACAAACAGCUUCCUGCAAAACGGUCUCGGCCAGUUGACAGACGGAGAGGAAGGGGACACAAAUUUCCGCCUGGACCCCCAAGAGCUCGGGAUCAAAGGUUACGAGUGGGUUGGAUGGAAGAACGACACACUGAUAGAUCCUGGGCCUGUUUCGAUAGUGUUUAAGUUCGACACGGUGCGGAAUUUCUCGUCGGUGACUUUGUUUUGUAAUAACUACUUCACAAAGGAUGUGCGGGUGUUUAAGACGGCGGCGAUAUAUGGAAGUGUUGGGGGAUUGUACUACUGGCAGAAGGUGGAUAAUUAUCAUUUUAUAAGAGACACUGUGGUGGAGUAUGCGAGGAAAGUGCAGAUAAAGCUUGGAAAUAUGAUUGCCCGUUAUGUGAAAGUGGAAUUGUACUUUGAUGCCAAGUGGAUUUUAAUCAGCGUAGUGCAGUUUGACUCAAGUCCGGUUGCGUUCCCUGGUAACUACAGUGAGGAAUUACCACCCCCAACAACAGUUACCACGGCAACCAGCACUAAACUCAGUAGCAACCGGAUGAAGGAUCCUGAGCUGGAUGUGGAUUUGAGCAAUGGCCCCAGAAUUCAUAUAGGUCAAGACGGCCUUCCAGAUGGUAUAACCGAUUUCGAUGCUAGAAAGGGCUCCGACAAAAAGACGAAAAAUGACGAAAACUACCCACAGCAUAAGCCUGAGGAAAAAAAAUCCUUCGAAGAACAGUACAUCCCUAUAAUCAUUGCAGCUCUGGCGUGUCUGAUUGUUGUCCUCUUUGCCAUCGUAUGUUUCAUCGUGUGUCGCCAUCGACGACGGAAACAGAACAACAACCGUCUUGGCAUGAAACCCGUUGUUGACCACGUGACCAUGAAUAUGAACCAGGUCAACAACACGUUCCACCACACGCUGAGCGGGAAAAUGUCCAACGGGACGAUGUACAAGGGUCUGCCAAAUGAGGAUAUGGACAUGCUGCAUACGUGUAACGGUGCUGACAAAGUUUUAAAGGGUUAUUCUGACCCGAAAGAUUCCAUUCAAGGUCGCAAUUUACCCGACCUCCCCUCCUCUAGUUCUGAAUUGCAAGAUUCUCGUGACUACGCUGUUCCAGACGUCACAAAGUCAGCCCUGAAGGUGGCACUCCCGCCCAUCUACCCGCCCCAGGUCCCCAAGCUCCGGGGCGUGGUUCUUAACCAGCUCGACCUCACCCCACCCAACUAUGAUGCGCUGUACGCAACUGCAGAUGUCGUGCAUCAGCAGAGUCGCAACAUUCCAAAUCUCCAGGGUGCCACUGGAAGCAGCGUGUACUCGAUUCCUAACGCCGAGUUGUUACUCAGCCUCGACCUGUCCGUGGUUGAGUUCCCUCGUGAAAACCUGAGAUUUGUUGAGGUGCUGGGAGAGGGACAGUUCGGGGAGGUUCACCUUUGUGAAGCGGUUGACAUCGAUGACUACAUCCAGGAAGACUGCCAAGUCAACCGGUACCUCAACCGGCCCAUCCUGGUUGCGGUUAAGAUGCUUAGGAAGGAGGCAGACGACAGGGCCAGGGCAGACUUCCAAAAGGAGAUAAAGAUCAUGUCCCAGCUGAAGGACCCCAACAUUGUGCGUGUUCUUGGGGUGUGUAUCAGGGAGGAGCCGCUGUGUAUGAUUGUGGAGUACAUGAAGUAUGGAGACCUCAACCAGUUCCUGCUGGACCACGUACCCGAGUCUCCCAUGGCAGAGGCAACCCACGCAAAGACGUUAAGCUAUGGUUGCCUGAUCUACAUGGCGUCUCAGAUCGCCUCAGGUAUGAAGUACCUGGAGUCUCUGAACAUGGUGCAUCGUGACCUGGCCACCCGCAACUGCCUCGUGGGCACAAACUUCACAAUCAAGAUUUCAGACUUCGGCAUGAGUCGGAGUCUGUACAGCGCUGAUUACUACAGAAUCGAGGGUCGUGCUGUGCUGCCCAUUCGAUGGAUGGCUUGGGAGUCUAUAUUACUGGGCAAGUUUACGACAAGGUCAGACGUCUGGUCUCUAGGAGUAACCCUGUGGGAAAUACUUACCUUUGCACGCGACCAACCGUAUGAUGUCAUGAACGACGAACAAGUGAUUGAGAAUGCGGGGCACUACUACCGCAAUGACAAUAAACAAAUUUACCUACCACAACAUGUGAACUGUCCCAAUGAAAUCUACGACCUCAUGCUCGAGUGUUGGAAUCGAACGGAGUGCGAGAGGCCGAGUUUCCGCGAAAUCCAGAUGUUUCUACAGCGCAAGAACAUGGGCUACAACCCGAAGGAUGAAAAGAUGAACCAGAUAAAGGUCCCAAUUUGCUGACUAACCGCCCACAAGGAGUCGGGAGAGGGUUCAAUCUCCAAGCCGAGUAAUUUUCAAUCAGAAUGCGGUCGAAAAAAUGUUGCUCCAUUACGUUCAAGUUUUGUUGAACAAGAUUGCAGUAGAAAAUUGAAAAUUGCAGUUGUUGCUCCAUUGCGCACAAGUCGCGACUCGAUUUCUUGUUUCAUUGGUCAGCCAUUUUCGGAGCUUCCUAAUUUUAAUGAAGCUGAUUUGGAUCCAAGGACUGUAACAAUGAUGAACUGCGAUCACAAACUAUUUGAAUACAGCGAUGAGGAUGUUUCUGAAACGGAGAACAAGGACGUUGUGGACGUUCUGCUACGCAAUUCACUUUCAGAAAAUCCAAAAGUUUCGUUAAAAGGG